CGGCUGAUGACGCGAGAGCCCGCGCUCGCGGUUUCAGCGACUAGAGAAGGGAGUUGAGGAAGGAGUUGGGGUCCGGGUGGGGGCAGUCCGGGUGCAGCCGGAGAGAGCUGGGUCGGACAUCCAGGCAAUAAUUUCAAGAUGCCCGGACGUUCGAGUUCAAGUUCAGGCUCAACUGGUUUUAUAUCCUUCAGUGGUAUAGAAUCUGCUCUCUCCACUUUGAAAAACUUCCAAUCCUGUAUCAGCUCUGGAAUGGACACAGCUUCUAGUGUUGCCUUGGAUCUUGUGGAAACUCAGACUGAAGUGAGUAGUGAAUACAGUAUGGACAAGGCAAUGGUUGAAUUGGCCAUGAUGGAUCGGGAACUAAGCCAUUACGUAAAGGCUGUUCAGUCUGCGAUAAAUCAUGUAAAAGAAGAACGUCCAGAGAAGAUACCAGAUCUAAAAUUGUUAGUGGAGAAGAAAUUUUUGGCUUUACAGAAUAAGAAUUGUGACACAGACUUUCAAAAUAAUGCAAAAUUUGUACAGUUUAAACAACAGCUGAAGGAACUGAAGAAGCAAUCAGCGAAACCUAAAGAAGAUGGAAGACACAAUGAGGUCGACAAGAUUAAGGAUAAGGAUGCAAGUAGAGCAGGCAAUGGACGAGAUGGUCUUCAAGCCGACAGAGAGGUUGAUGGAACAGAAGGAGUUGAUGAAGAUAUGAUUGUGACCCAGAGCCAGACCAACUUCAUCUGCCCCAUUACACAGGUGGAAAUGAAGAAACCGGUGAAAAAUAAAGUGUGUGGCCACACCUAUGAAGAGGAAGCCAUUGUUCGCAUGAUUGAGUCCAAGCACAGGCGGAAGAAAAAGGCCUGUUGCCCCAAAAUUGGCUGUAGCCACACAGAUGUGAGAAUGUCAGACCUCAUCCAGGAUGAAGCACUUAGAAGGGCCAUCGAGAGCCACAACAAGAAGAAAACUCGUCACUCCGAGUAGGACAAACACACCUCCCUACAGGGAUGUCUGCAGCCUACCUCCUACCCCAGCCAUCUGGAGAGAGCGGUGCUUGUCAGAGCACUUCGACUGGCUGCAAAGUAUACUUUGUUGGGGUAAAACUCGAAGGUUUUAAGUGUAAUCGGAAGCAUUUUUCUAUGUCACAACAAAACUUCAAGCAUAUUAUAUUGUUUAUUUUUGAGUGUCCUAUAAUUUGAAAUAAACCUUUGGUUACCUGCGGCGUGCCCUA